CACUUACAGCAGGCAGAACAACACAGAGCCAAAACACACACCCCCGAUCCUCAUCCUCUGCGUGCACGGUGCAUCUCGUCGAGCACAGAACCGAAAGCUAGCUAGAGCUGCCAAUGGCGGGAGCGGGAGCCGCAGCCAGCGACGAGCUGAAGGUGCUGGGCGUGUGGCCGAGCCCGUUCGUGAUCCCUGUCCGCAUCGCGCUCAACAUGAAAGGCCUGUCCUACGAGUACGUGGAGGAGGACCUGUACAACAAGAGCUUGCUCCUCGUGGGCUCCAACCCGGUGCACAAGAAAGUGCCGGUGCUCCUCCACGGCGGCCGCGCCAUCAACGAGUCCCAGAUCAUCCUGCAGUACAUUGACGAGUUGUGGGCGGGGACGCCGGCGCUGCUGCCGUCGGACCCCUACGAGCGCGCGACGGCGCGGUUCUGGGCGGCGUACAUCGACGACAAGGUGAGGUCGGCGUGGGUCGUGAUGGUGUUCAGGUAUAAGAACAAGGACGAGUGGGCGGAGGGCGUGGCGCGCGCCGGCGAGGCGCUCGACACCCUGGAGGGCGCCUUCAGGGACUGCUCCAAGGGGAAGCCUUUCUUCGGCGGCGACGGCAUCGGCUUCGUGGACCUCGUGCUCGGCGGGUACCUGGGGUGGUUCGGCGCCUUCGGCAAGAUCAUCGGGCGCAGGUUGAUUGAUCCGGCCAAGACGCCGCUGCUGGCCGCGUGGGAGGACCGGUUCCGCGCCGCCGACGUCGCCAAGGGCGUCGUGCCGGACGACGUCGACAAGGUGCUCGCGUACCAGCAGGUCCUGCUUGCUCGGUAGUGUGUUGUGUGCUCCUCCAAGUGAGAUCACGUUUCGUCGCGUUACGUACGUGUGUGUACGAUCGUCCUACGAUGAGCGAGCCUCGAUCCCUUCUGUCACUCAGUUUUGCUUUCUUCCGUCAAUUAAUAAUCGAUCGGUGGUGUGCUCAAUAAAUAAAUGUGUACCUGAAACAAGGGCUGCUUAUUGUAAGGGCUGCUUUUAUUUUGGUGACCGGCAUCAUCACUACCGAUGGUGCUCAUGCCGCCGGAUUUGCAUAGCAAGCCUCAGGUAUGGAAUAAAAUAAAUUUUCUCUUU